GAAGUAUGCACGUUUCUUUGAAAGAGAAUUAUCGAUAUUUAAAAUAUAUAUAUAUUUGGGGAAGAUUUUAAUGAUUUACUUAGGGAAGAUUUUAAUGAUAUCACACAGGGAUAACUGCAUAGCUGGACAUAUUAGAAAACUCAGUGCAAAAGCUGAGACCGAUAACGUUUAUAAGGUUGCGCAUUGAAAUGGAGGCAACGCCACUAUUCCAUGCGCUCUUUUAUGACGUUUCAUUCCAGAAUCUGUAGGUAGAUAAAUUCCAACAAAUAAAUUCGAUAGGCUAUCACUUAGAUGACAUUUCAAACAAGAUCUUUCAUCGCAGACUUACAUUCAGCGCAAACUAAGAUUUAUCCAAACUUCUCAACAAAGGAAUUCAAAAAUGGGCAACAUUUGGGAGUCCAACCUGUGUGUCCACCCCACAAAUCCCUCAGCAAUCAGGAUGAUCCUGAGAAGGGUUGGUUUUCCAGGCUCAUCUCAGAAGGCUGUGUGGAGUCCUGUGCUGACCCAGCUGUCCCAGAGUGCUGUACACCAUGUGGAGGCCAAUGCCAGUCAUGACCUUCCCUGCCCCCUGACAGUGGAGCUGUUGAAGGCAAGAAAUCUUUACAUUCCUUGGUUGAAGGAUAGUCCUACUGUCAAUCAGGAAGUGAGCCAGCUCAAGAGACCUAAACUGUCAUGCCCCAAGUUGACCCAGCUGUCCCAGGGUGCUGUGCAGCAUGUGGAGGCCGGUGCCAAAGCCAGUCAGGUAUCCUCGUACCUUUCUUGGAAGAGGCUGAAGGAUUUUAUUGCGAAACAGAAGAAGGUGAGCCAGCCCAAGAGGCCUAAACUGGUCCCCAGCAUCAGGGACCCCAGCCCACCACGACAGAAGCAGCAGCGACAGAGGAAGAGGUCAGCCGAUAAGGUGUAUGGCAGCAGGGGGUGCACGAGAGCAGCCAAGAAGGACAUCUCUGGAGAUCUGGCCCAGCUCAAGCCUGGUCAGUCCACAGGAGACGCCUGGAACAAUACAGACACUGGAGCUGAAGAACCUCGUCGUCUGGAGGUUAUGAAGAACCUGACAGGUCUGUGGGGCAGCACUGGGCAAGGCCAGCCUCAGCCGACUCCACGAGCCAACCGUCUCAGCCCCUCCCUGGCCCAGUACUUAGCCUCCACUGUCACACCGAGGACCUUUGACCUCCAGAUAAUGGGCAUGACCUCUGACCUAAUGGACUUCUUGGACAUGCCCGAGGAGAGACUGUCUAUAGAGCUUUGGGACCUCGGGGAGGGCACAGGGGACCAGCGCUACAAAGCCAACUGGCAAUUCUCCGAGGAGCAUGGCAAUGUGCUGAUGGAGGGAGUCUGGCUCCAGAAAGAUGACAACUGGUAAUUUGGAGACCUCAGCUCGCCCAAACGCUUCCUCAGUAGGAAAGAGGAGGGAGCUUAUUUGCUGAUAUUCACUCAUUCAUAUGCACACAUCAGUAAAGGCUUUGAGGAAAAUAGAAAUUGCAAUUGGAAGUUCAGUUUACUUUCUGAAUCUUAAAGGAAUUGACACCAAUCCCGGAACAAAUACACACAGGCUCACAGGCACACACAAAAAAAGGAUGACUCUUGAGGAUUGCAGUAUCUUAUCAUUUUUAUAUACAAUUAAUAUUUUCAUUAGCAUAAAUACAGUCAUUCUUGUGUUUUUAUUCACCUUUAAAAUCCUGCCAUGACAACCAGAGAAGUGUAGCAUUGUAGGGUUGCUGUGUCUGUGCAUUUGAUUAGUCUAAAACAUCAUGAACUGAUGGUGUCACAGGUGGGAUCUGAACCCUGGUCUACUGUGUGAGAAACCACCAUCUUAACAAUUAGGCCAAUAGAUAAUUCCUUCAUUACACUGGCAUAAGGGCCACUUAUAGGAAUGAAUCUCUACCAGGUAUAGUAGGACAACAUAUUUAAUAACUGAUGUGUCAUAUUACUUCCCCGAAAGGAAUAUAGAUGUGUUGAUCCCCAGGAUGGGAUAUAUGAGGAUGAUAUGUCCACCCAAGCAUCCAGACGCAUGAAAUAAAUUAGCUUCCAAAAUGAACUUGAUUGCUGAAAUAAAUGGAUUUACGUUAAUGAUUCUAUAUUUUAUUCGCUUUUAUACAGCGCAUGGUUAUCUUUGAGCUUGUGAAAAAGUGAGUUUGUUUCAGUGUCAACUGGCGUUUUUUUUACUCAUUCAUCUCGAGUGUGUUAUUUAAAUUACUGAUUUACGUUGGGGUUUUGGUUAAUUCAGAUGGUAUUUACAGUGCUUUCAGAAUUCAAACCCUUUACUUUUUCCACAUUUUGUUGUGUUGCAACCUGAUUUUAAAAUGGAUUCAAUUAAAAUGUGUUUUGUCACUGGCCUGCAAACAAUACCCCAUAAUAUCAAAGUGGAAUUUCGUUUUUUAGAAAUGUUUACAAAUUAAUUAAAAAUGAAAAGUUGAAAAGUCUUGAGUCAAUAAGUAUUCAACCCCUUUGUAAUGGCAAGCCUAAAUAAGUUCAGGAAUAAAAAUGUGCUUAACAAGUCACAAGUUCCAUGGC